AUGGGAAAUAAUACUUCGACAGGGAAUUAUCAUGGUUCUGGUCUGAACAAACGUCAAGGAAGUAAUUCAGAUUCAAUCAGAAAGUCUUCAGCUUCCGUGAAUUAUAACAAUAGUGUGGAUAGUUCGAGUGACAAUAGGGUAAGAAAAUCAACCGCCAAUAAGAAUGCAAAUUCCCUAGAUGAAGAGUUUAGUGAUUUAAUCUUGCACCAAGUGGUCAAAAACUCCCGCACUCUAGAGGCCCCACUACAACCACUACCAAAAGGAGAACCGACUGAUCCCCAUCAUCAACAAAGUAAUGUUUACUCGAAGCAUUAUAAUCAGUUCAGUGACGAUUUAAUUGAGGAUGAAUUCAAUGAAUUGAAUGAAGGAGUGGUUGAAACAGAAAUGGGUUCACUUCAAAGAAACAUUAUACCUGAUCAAGGGUUUGAAAACGAUCCAAACACCACAACUUCAUCAGACUCUACCGGAACAUACAACUAUUCAUCUACUUUAAAUGACGAUAUGGAAAUCGAUGCACCUUUCCCGCACGAUGAAGAUGAUAAUGAUAGCGAUGAUGUCAAUAAAGUGUUCCCGCAAAGUCGGUCAAGAACCCCUACACCGGAUUUAACUAAAGUCGACUUUACUAAAAUAAUAAGCCAAGCACCUCCUGGAUAUGAUGGUGAUACCAAUAUGAAUGGUUCUAUCCCGCCACCAACUCAAAUGAUGUCUGCAGCCUCGGUUGCCAGAAAUGCUCAUUCCCCGUUACCAAAUUCCGACCAUCCUCUCUCCCACCACAAUCACCACCACCAAAAAAAAAAUUUGCAACAGCAACUGUUGUCGGAAAAUCCUUACAGCAGCACUCAAGCAUAUCAACAACAACAAGGUCGACCAUCUAAAAUAUUAAAGACCAAUCAGCAACUGCAACAGUUUUUAAUCCCUAUAGAAAUUAAAUGGGUGAAUGUUACAAAAGAAGCUAUACAUAAAAUAGCUAUUAUUGGAUCAUUUUCAAAUUGGAGAGAUGUUAUCAAGAUGUAUCCUUCAACUAGUCAUCCUAAUGAAUUUGUUACUACUAUUAAUUUACCUUUAGGUGUACACAAAUUGCUUUAUAUUAUCAACAAUGAAUAUCGAGUGAGUGACCAAUUACCCACUGCUACUGAUCAAGAAGGUAUAUUUUUCAAUUGGUUUGAAGUAAUUGAUGAUACUCAUCUUUUCAAUCAUUCAUUAAAUCAACCAAAUCAUAUUGGCGCUAGUACAGAUUAUGAUGCUAAUAUUAUUAAAUAUGAUAAUCCAUCUUCAGAAUUGAGUACAACACCAAAAUAUGUACAACCACAAACUUGGGCACCUAGACCAGCUGGGAAAACUGAUGUUGAUAAAAUUAAUCAAAAAGAAAAUGAUUUGCUUUAUAAAAUGAGUAAAGAGGCAUCUUCUGAUUUUGAACAUGUGGAAUUUAUUGAAGAUGUUGAUGAGGCUGCUCAAUCACAAGAUUCUUUACAACAACAACAACAACUCAACCACCAUCACCAGCAAGCUGUUAAUUCAGUUGAUGAUGUUGCUUUUGAAAAUACUCCUUAUCAAAACUAUGAAUUAUCAACUAGUUCAAGUUCAUUUUUACAAACUACUUCUGGUGGACAAAUUACUCAAAAAUCCACGGAAUAUUCUUCAGAAAUACCAGAAAUGUUUAUUAAUUAUGAUUAUUUUAAAAUGAAACCUGCUGAUUAUGAAUUACCUGAACCUCCUCAAUUACCACCACAUUUAAAUAAUGUAUUAUUAAACAAAAUGACAUCAACAUCUUCAUCUUCAUCUUCAUCAUUUGCUACUUCUGCUUCUCAUGGAUCAGGAUCAAUGACUCAUCAUUUAUCAAGUAUUAGCAAUAGUAGUACUAUUAGCGGUACUAGUUUACCAAAAUCACUGGGUUUAUUGUCAACUGGUGGUGGUGGUGGUAGUGGUAGUGGUAGUAGUAGUGGUAAUGUGUCAAAUACUGGAUCUUAUUUGAAUAACAAACGUCCACCAUUAAGAAGAGCUGACAGUUCAUAUUAUGCAUCAAAUAAAGAUGCUUAUCAUUUACUGAUUCCUAAUCAUGUAAUACUAAAUCAUUUGAUGACUACAAGUAUUAAAAAUGAUGUUUUAACUGUUGCUUGUAUAACCAGAUAUCUGGGUAAAUUUGUCACACAAAUAAUACAUUCACCAGCUGAUACUAAAUAG